AUGACGACGAAGAGUCUGGUCGACCACAAGGGGAAGUGGUCUAUCAAGGGGAACUACUCGUCCCAAAUGGGGCUCUCGUGGAAUAUCGGUGAUGAAGAUAUUGAUGAUAACGUGGAUCCUGACGCCAAGAUGCAAGAUCCUGACGAUCUCGCUAAAGCUCUUGAUGAUGAUGAUUCGGAUAUUCGACCAAUAUCUUCUGGGAGUGGCGGGGAGCCGAGCGGUAUCCGAAAUGGCGAUGAAUGGCGAUGA